CCACGCUAGCCCUCUGUAAAUCAAGUCAGCUACUGUUCGCAGGCUACCUACAAGGCCGCCAUGGAGACUGAGAGGGGCUCCUUCAUCUCCCGGGACGUGGAGACCCCAAAGAAGGAGGUGCAGCUGCGGGUGACCCCUUCGGAGGUGAAGUUCCUGGACACGCUGGCCGGGAGGGUGUACCGCCUGCCGGUUACCGUACACAACCUCGGCCGUUGCAACCAGAAAAUCCGGUUUAAGGAACCACUCAAGCCACAGUUCAAACUGAUUUUGACCAAUCUGGAUAAAGCACUUGCUUCUGGACUUCAGAUGACAGCUAUGGUGGAAUACCAUCCUGAUAAGGAUGAAGACACUUAUGACCAACUACUUAUUUCAAUAGGAAAUAAAAUAAUAGAGAUCCCUCUACUUGGGUUGAUUCCAGCCUGUCAAUUGGAAAUUGAGUCAGAAGUUAAUUUUGGCACAUUGGUUGCCAAUAGCAAAGUAUAUUGUAAAGAGAUUAAUAUCAUUAAUCAUGGCAGAGCUCCAGGUACAUUUAAAACAGAAUACCAGGGCCAAUUGCCCAUUGUCAUUUUUCCAAGUAAUGGUGUUGUGGAGUCCAAGUCAUCAGUGAUUGUUAAAGUUGAUUUGUGUGCAGACCAGCCCAGAAUUGUAAAUGAAGUGGCAAAAGUAAGUUUGCAAGGUCGUCCAGAUAUGCUCCUGAGGGUCAAAGCUCAUGUGGUUGAGCAGAUUAUUGAAUUGCUAAACAUGAGUGGUGACAAGAAGUUGGAAUGCAUACACUUUGGUUCUGUUUUCUUCGGAACUUCAAAAAUUGAACAUGCACUUCUGUACAAUAAUAACCCAGAACCCAUAAAUUGGGUGGCCAUAAUACACGAUGAUUCAGUUGGAGAAGAACUGGGUACUAAUAUUCAACAAAAAACAGAUGUUGCUUUAAAUAAUCUCCCUUACUUAAGGCAAAUAAAGAACAUAGAUGUUACCACUUAUAUCUCCUGUAUUCCUAAUGAAGGGAGGUUGCUACCUUAUCAAAAGACCAUAAUUACAUUUUGUUUCAGCCCAAAGCUAAUUAUUGAUGGUAAAAAGAAUUACGAUCCUUCACAUAGGCAAGACUAUGCUCUUUUUUUGAGAUUUGAGUCUAUGGGAAGUAAAGAUGGAUUUCUGAGAGAUGAUAACAAUAAAACCAUCAAAAGUGAUCGAUUUCGGAAAGUGGAAUUAGCACUGACGGGCUCAGGACUUCCUGUUGUUCUACACUUUGAUCCUGGAAAUUUCCUUAAUUUUGCACCUUGUUUUAUGGGUGAACGUUCAGAGAUUGUGUGUAUUAUGCAAAAUCGAUCCAAGUCACUUUCCGUGACGUACCGCUUUAAAAAAACUGCACAUUUUAAAAUUGAUCCUGAAAGGGGCAAGAUUGAUGAAGGAUGUAUCCAGAAUGUGAUCUGUUCAUUCAUUCCACAUCAAGUAGGUGUCUUUAAAGUGAAGCAAUUGAUAGAGAUUAUUGGCUCAGUGGCAGAUGAAAAUUUUCAGUCUACAUCUCUGAAACCUUUUCAUCAAAUAUAUUUAUAUUUCAAGAGUGUCUGCAAACCUUCCACCAAGAAAGUUGUGAUGAAAGUUAAUCCUGGUAUAUCCCCUUUGGUCAGUAAUCCAACGGGACAGUUUGUGGUCAGAGACUUGCCAGAAUACAAGGACUGUGCGCCUGUUGCAAUGCUUCAAUCAACCAUGACACACCUUCACAAUCAUCACCUAAGUAAAGAGUCACUGAAGGAUGCACUGAUAGCUUUUCCCAAUGAUCGAGCUGCAAGUAUCAGGUCUGGAGACCAGGAUAAACAUUUCAGGACCCAAUACUUCAUCUUUGCUUUUAUUUCCCUUGCCUUCGGAGAUGUGUCAACUCUUAUUUUGGAUAUUAAAAUAAAUGCAAUUAAAAUAUGGUCCAUGUCUGUUCUUUCUAAAUCCUCUCUAGGCACUGUUGAACCAUAUUCCUCCUUGCAAUGUGAAGUAACAUGGCAGCCAGGUUUCAAUUCUCCGGAAAGGGGAGAAUUUGUUCUUCACGUCAAUGAAGGAAACACGAUGACCCUAAAAUGUGUUGCACAAAUUGGCCACACCGAGGUCGUAUUUUUGGAGCCAAGGAUCCUCUUCGGUAAUAGCCCUCAAGGUUUAACAACUUGGAGGAAAGCGAUUCUACACAAUGUAGGACAAAACCAUGCUUAUUUCAAGGUUUGUGACCAGAGUCUUUUGUCUACCAUUAAUAUUGUUCCAUCACAAGGAAUAAUUCCAUUUGGGGGACUAACUGUUCUCAAUAUCUCCUGUACACCAACUGUAGCAGAAAAAUUUCAUACAAGAGCAAAGGUUGCUAUUCGCCAUGCAAAUGUCAUAGACCUUAGGAUUGUUGGAUCUGUUGAGAUUGCUGAUGUGGAAAUUAACCCGGGUGUAUUUAACUUCAGUGAUACCUAUGUUGGCGCUACUCAGAUUAUUCCAUUUAUAAUAAAAAACAAAGGUAUAACACGUGCCAGAGUGAAAUUUAAUCUACAAGACUUUGAAUGUUUUUCUCUGGACUUCCAACGUAAAUUAGGGCAUUUCACAGACCCUGCAUUUCCUGACAUAUAUUCUCUGGAGGUAGAGGAAGGGACAUCUCUGGAAUGUGGCAUAGCAUUUUCUCCCAAAGAAGUGGCAACGUAUGACUUUUGCAUUCAAGUUCAAAUUAAUUUCUUUGAGGCUUCAGAACUUUAUACUAAAUGUUGUUUGUCAAAAUCUCCUAUGAUUCCGAAUUCACCACUUAUUCGAACAUGCUGUGUUCAAGCUACUGUAUUGCAAGCACCAUUGAGAUUAUCCAGCACUGAUUUUACAUUUGAAAUCCCAUUGUAUACUAUGGAUCCUAAUAACAAAGUCACAAAAACUCAGGAUCUUGUCUUACAUAAUACUUCAAAACAAGAUGUGAAAUGGACUUUGGAUAUUAGUAAUACUGGCAAACUUUUCAAAGAUGGCACAUUCAAGAUUAGUGUGCUGAGUGGGAUUCUGCAACCACAUAAUGAAAUUAAUGUUUCCAUAAGUUUCUGUCCAAGUCAUCCUACAAAAUACACAGCCGAUAUUCCCAUUCAUCUAAAUGAUAAUCCAAUUUGCUAUCGAAUGUUAUGUUUGGUUGGAGAGGUAAAAUUACCCAAGUUAUCGUUUGACCCUCCAUUCAUAUUUUUCACUCCUGUUCCUCUGGACGUAACAACUAAGAUGAAUGUCAACAUUUUACCUCAAAACUAUUUCAGAGAUUCCACUUUAGAUGUCCAGAUUCCCACAGUGAGCCUUCUUGAUGGUGAUGAGGCUCAACCUCUUUCUGUAACAUUUCCAAAAGGCUGUGUCAUCACAGGGUCUUCCAGUGGAAUAAAUGCUCAGCUCACCUGCCACCUCAGCUUUAAAUCAUCUAAACCUGUGUCAUUUUUCACCAAUAUUCUUUUCUGUGAUAACAGAGAUAACUGGUUUUUGCUUCCAGUUACUGGAACAGCAGAAAACUGUCUUCUUACUAUUUACCCAUAUAUGGCAACUCAUCUUGAUAAACAAACAAUUAUUUUAAAGGAAGAUAAGAGUGACAUUUCUGUGAAGAGUGGAGAAAAUGUGUUGCUUCCCUACCAAGAAGAUGGUUUACUCUCUUCUACUUUGACUAAGCGUAAUGAUGCUGAGCCUGCAAAGAAAAAAUUAUUUGUUGGAAUCGAAAUAAUACCUGAAAGAUUGAACUCGGGCAAAAGUAAAACCUCAAAGGAAAACAAAGAUAAAUCUAUGAAAAAGGAGGAGAAAAAUGAGCACUUCUUUUCUCUUGGAGAAGGAACAAAGGCAUAUGACUUCUUUGAAAAGGUUGUACACGCUGCUCAGACCUGGUUCAGUCUCUUUGGCUGGCCUGAAGGACCCCAUUCUCUUUCUAUUCCAGAAACUAUAAGAAGGGAGGUGUAUAAAAUGCAAUUUUACUCAUCAGCCUCGCCAUCCCAAAAAUUUUCCAGACUGAAUGACUUUUCCAAAUAUAAUAAGACCAUUUAUGAUGUGAUAUUACACUUGAGUGGAAAACUGCCACCUGGAAUUCAUUCAAGUCAGUCUUUACCUGUGGAUUAUACUAAAAGGGUGAUUCAACUUCAUUUUCAACAUUCUUCACUUCUUGACUUUCUCAACACUCAAGGAGCAUGUAUUUCUCAUGUGCUGCCAGAAUUUCUGCUUGAACCAGAAGAUUAUAAAAAGUGGCUUGAAAUUACAGAAAAACCUUCUAUUGUUAUAGAGAUGACUCGGUUUGAAGCCUGGAGUAAAGGGGCAUGGACAGAUGUAUUCCUUCAGAUAUACAAGGUUCUGGUACUAUCCCGGGUUGUACCACACUGCAGCAGUAAUCUGCCCCCCAUUCAUGUGCAAAAUUCACCAAAGGUCAAUCCUUGUUUUGUAUCCAGCAACAUAUAUUCGAGUUCUGAAAGGAUUCUGCUUAAUUGGAUGAACACAAAUUAUGAGAAUGCCCGACAUAUUAUAUGGAAGAACUGUCCCAAUGGAGUUAUUCCCUCUGAGAGAUGGAUAGUAAAUUUUGACCAGGACCUUUUAGAUGGCCUUGUUUUUGCAACACAGUUGGGAGCCUACUGUCCAUUUUUGAUUGAGUCACAUCUUAUAAAUAUGUAUACACAACCAAAAAGUUCUGAACAGUAUCUGCACAACUGCCUGAUCAUUGUGAAUGUACUUCGUGAAAUUGGCUUUGACAUUGACAUACAGGUGGGUGCCUUUAUAUCACACAUUCUAAACAAAAUCAGUAUCACUGUGAAAUUCACCAGUCGCUUCCUUCAUCCUGCUGAAGCUUCACUGUUAUUGAUUUCAAAACUUAAGCAUGGGAUAGGAGACACUACAAUGACUUUUGCUCUUAAGGGUGAAGUCCUCAACUUUAAGGCCAUGGAAAUUAUAAAUUGUAAAUCCCCAUGUUACACAUGGAAAAAAAUCACUGUAAAGGUUAAAAAUCCCUUCCAUUCUGCUGGGGACUUCAGUGUCACAUUGGUGGAAUCCUCAACAUUUAUCUCUUUGCCAUGUCAAUUAACUGAAUCUGGACAACUCAUUAACCACAAGAACAGUGGGGAUGCUGGGAGUAGCUCUGAAAGUGAUGAUGUUGAGAGUUGUUGGCAUUUCUCAAACGCCUUAAAAACCUCAAUUAAGUCCACUUUCAUCAGAGAAUUCUUCUGCUCCACUCAUACUCUUCACCUGGGAGUGAAGAGGACUUCAAGCCUGGAGCUCCUGUUUCUUCCCUUUGACAUGCACACGCGCUACUGUGUCAUCAUCCUCAGAAACAAAGCGAUUGGAGAAUUAAUUUAUGUUGUGGAAGGAAAAGGUACGAUCCCAUUGCCUUCCAGCUUCCACCCAACGGAUUCCUCAACUCCACUUGACUACAGCAGUUCUCCAGAGGAAGUGUUAAGUAAGGACAGUCCUGUUCUGUAUUUGAAAUGUGAGCCCCGUCAGGUCUUGGAUGUGGACCUUAAGUUGCCACUGACUAAUGAAGCCAAGGGGAAGGCCUUGGCUUUUGCAGCACAGCAGCAGAUGUCGGAUAUAGAGUAUGAGCGACGGUUGAUCACAGGCACUCUGGAGAGCAGUAGUGUUCGCGUGGCCAUCGCCCUCCUGGGGCUGACGAAGAUUGAGACUUGUGUUCUCUGUACUACCUCAAAGUGGAAGAAGCCUAAGUCCAUUUCAUACACAGCAGAACUGAGCCUUCCAGAACAUUUUGAUAUCCCCAAGAAAAUCUACAUUCCUCGGAUUCCAGAAACUCAAACUAAAUUGACUCAGCCUCAAGGAAUUCAACCUGCAAAUAAAACAGUUGCAGAUGGAUCCAUUCUAGUUCCUUUACGAUUUGUUCCUCUCAGUGCUGGACGCUACUCUUGUAAAAUUUUGUUGACAUCACGGUAUGAUGUGCGUGUCUAUUGCAUUGAAGGUAUAGUAAAUGCAGAAGAACCAGAGGGCAGGUUUGAAUUUGAAACGCCAGCAUUUGAAGCCCUUACCCAGAAUAUUCCAGUGAAUAACAAAACAAAGAAUGAAUGGAAAUGUCAAGUUACUAUAGAAGGAGAAUGGUUUUAUGGACCUUCUGUUUUAUAUGUUGGAGCAGGUGAAACUGUGCAGUAUCCUCUCACAUUCAGACCUAUUUUGGAAUGUGAGAUUAUGGGCAGACUUAUUGUGCAAAAUGAAGCAGAUGGUAUGGAGUAUGUCUUUGACAUAAAAGGGAUUGGAAAAAGACCGCUGGCCUUGGAACACAUCAUUAUAAACUGUCAAGUAGGAGAAAUGACAAAUAAACCCAUAAUGGUGCCCAAUCAUACAAAGACCAUCCAAACAUUUAAGGUAUCUUUAGAUCUUCCAAUGGUGUGGGGAAAUCCAGUCAUCACCAUAGAGCCUGAUAGCACAGUUCCAUAUAUUCUACACGUUAUGCCUUGGAAACGUGGUAUAUUCAAAGGUGCAAUCUCAUUUUCUGUUAAAAGAAGACAAGAGGAUGAAUCUCAGGAAGAACCAGAUCAACAUGACAUUCGAGUACCCUCCUUUCAGAAAUCAGUAUCAGAACUAUCCCCCCAAAUUGAUGAGGAAGACCCAGAUGAUGGUGCUAGCAAUAUCCGAGUCUGGUACAGUCUUGAGAUCCAUAGCUCUCCAGGACCACCAGUAGACAUUAUUGAAAUGAAGUGCUCUGCUCUGGAGAGCAUUUGCAUUGAAAUACCUCUCUCUAAUCCAAAAAAGAGAAUUAUUCACUUAGAUGUGCAGUUAUCAAAUGCUGCUCUUAAUGGAAUCAAGAAACUUCAGCUGUAUCCACUAGAAUGUACUAAGUAUGUGGCACGGUAUUCUCCAGCAACUCUGGGCUGUAGAAAUGAAAGCAUUGUUUUUCAACCUAAUAUGGCUCUGGAGUUUUGGUAUUUACUGAGAUUAACUACUGAAUUACCGAAACCAACCACAAUACCAGAAGUACAAUGUGACCUUGGCAAGUGCAUGGCUCAGAUGAUUUCUUUAGUUAAUCCCACACACGAAACCUUAGAAUUGCAAGCAACAAACAGUAAUCCUGAAAAUUUUGUCUUGGAUGUUCACAGAUCGGUGCUGACCAUACCUCCUCACUCCACCAAAGAGGUAUCUGUUUAUUUCUGUCCUUCUGCUCUUGGAAGAACUGGUCAUCAAGCUUCUAUCAUCUUCCACUGUGCUCAGUUUACAGAAUGGAGAUUCUUCCUCUCUGGAAUAGGACUAUUCCCCCAGCCUAUAGACAUAAAAAGAAUAACCGCAUACCUCAGUCUUCAAUCAUCUGUUGUUAUAACUUUCCAAAAUCCCACCAAGGAAGAUGUUCUAAUCGAUAUCAUACUAACAAGUCGGGAAAAGCCCAGGCAUCUCAUCCUUGACCAUCACUGGGAUAAGUUCUUCAGGCAGACUUCUGCUUUCAGUUUUAGUGGCCUGAGUCACACAAAAGGAAUCACAUUACCUCCUAAAGAGAAUAUAGAUAUCCCAGUGUUAUUUAUGCCCAACACUAUGAAAUUACACAGAACAAUGGUCAUUGUUCAAAUGAUGAGGGCAAAUAGAGAAAGUUGGCCUAUUGACAAUUUUGAAGAAUUAGACACAGAAAUGAAAAGAACAAUGGGAACAGCAAGUAGAGAAAUCCCAGAAAUACACUGGAUAUACCCUAUUCUUGGACUCCCACAGGCACUAUAUCCUAAAUGCCCUCCAGUUGUUAUAAAAUGUCAGUCCAGGAAGCAGGUAGAAGAGGAAGUGGAAGUCAUGCUGACUGGUGAUUUUUUUGGAGAAAAUCCUAUCUUAGAUUCAACAGAUUUUGUAGUGAUUCCAAAAAGAAAUUCAUGUAAAUUUGACGAAGAUGUGGAUGAUAUGUCUAUAAAACGUGAAUUUGAAUAUGAAAUUCAAUUUGAAUCUGACGUUGUGAAGUCUAACUUGGAAUCCUGCAUGGCUUUGUAUUUGAUCAAAAAAUCUUUUAAUGUUAUGGCUAAAGUGAUAACAUUGGUCUUCAAUUUGAUAUUUGCACCAAAGAAACCACUGAGGACUCAAAUUACUCUGAACAUAGAGUGCAUAACAGAUGGGAUCUGGAAGUUUCCCAUAACAUUGGUUGGUACUGAGCCUGAUGUGGAUGAUGUCAUUGAUAUUGAAGGGGUUGGUUUAUUUAAGGAAUCUAUUGUCAACUUCAGGCUGACAAGUCAGACGAGAAAUCCUGAGCCAUUCACUGCAUACUUCCUACCUGGCAGUGAUCCUGUGUUUUUUGUAAAACCUAAGGUUGGAAAACUUCUUCCUUUUGACACUGAAGGAACUCUCAUCAUUGUGGGUUUUACACCCCAAAUGUACAGUAAGAAGUACAAAGCAACAUUAGCAAUACAGACACCGGACAUGUACUGGUUGUAUGACAUCAAUGGGUUACCUCCAGUUACCAAGCCACCGAUGAAUGUCAAAGCCAAAGUUGACACUACUAACAAGAUGUUUGAUAGACGGCCAGUUGGUCAGCACAAUUUUAUCCGUGAAAAUGCUAAACUCAUAAGGACAGGGGUGUCCUCUACCAUCAAGGGUGCGCCUUUGAUGUUGAAGAAUAAAUAAAUACUUUUUCCCAAAAUAUUUCUUGAGCUUCAGUAGAAUUGAACAUAUUUUCAUGAUUGUUCUUUCGUCUUCUGGAGUAUUUCUAAGGAGUAAUGUUUCAAUUAUAAUAGGCCUUGUCUACUUUUUAAACUGACUAAAUCUAUUCUCUGAAUAUGUUAUACCUGAUUUCUGUUAUGUGUAUCUUUGAAAAUAGACUGGUUGCAAAUUAUUGGGAUUGGUUCCCUUUUAAGUUACAGAGUACAUUUGUAGCAAAAGAAAAAUGAUUUCAGCUUAGAAAUCCAUGCACAUAAGUAUAUGUAGUCCAUAUGCUUCUACAGUGAGUCUUUAAACAAUAUAGAUAUAUUUCAAAAUGAUCCUGGAGAAAAUUCAUUUUCUCAAAGUAAAAGAGAGCAUUUUGCUCGGUAGUUGUCAGUCAGAAAAAUAUAAUAAUAAACAGCAAAUACGGACCAUCUUUAAGACACUGGCACAAAAUGACUGGCUCUGCCACGAAUUAGUCAUUCAUAUGAUUUUAAGCAAAUCGCUUCCCCUUUUUGUGGCCUAUUUUCUUACGUG